UGAAAACCCUUCCACCAGGCCUUUUUACGAUCCAACCCCCCACUUCCUCGUCGACGCAUCUUUGUCUCUCCUACCCUAGACCACCGCAGCCAUGCCUCGAGCAGAAGUGGGAUCGACCAAGUACAUCGCCAACCAGAUGAAGUCGAAAGGACUUCAACGGUUGCGAUGGUACUGUCAAGCAUGUCAGCGGCAAAUGCGGGAUGAAAACGGUUUCAAAUGCCAUGUCGCGUCCGAAUCCCACGUCCGCCAGAUGCAGCUGAUUGGCGAGGACCCUCGGAAAGCCAUCAACGACUAUUCAAACCAGUUCCUCCGAGACUUCAUCCAACUCCUGCGUACCGGGCACGGCGAGAAAAAGGUCAAUGUCAACCAAUUCUAUCAAGAGUACAUUUCAAAUAAACAGCAUGUACAUAUGAAUGCGACCAAAUGGAGUAGUCUGACAGAGUUUGCGAAGUACCUGGGCAGAGAAGGACUAUGCCGCGUGGACGAGGAUGAGAAGAACGAAAGCCGCACUGGCGCAAGUGGGCUCACAAUCAGUUGGAUUGAUAACAGUCCUGAAGCACUGCGGCGUCAGGAGGCGAUCCGGAAGAAGGAAAGACAAGACCGCGGCGACGAAGAACGAGAGCAAAGAAUGAUCCAAGAACAGAUCCGAAAAGCAAAGCGGCAAGGAUUGGCGGACACUGUAGAAGAUGAAGAGGAACAGGAGGACGAUACGGAGGAUGUUGGCGGCGAGGGUAUCAAACGAAAGGAGGGAGAGAAAAUCGUGCUCAAUUUUGGAGCGAAGAAACAGACACCCGAGACGGCUAAACCACCAACUCCUCCUCUCUCGGAGAAAGAUGAACCAUCAUCUGACAAGGAGAAAGAGAACACCGUAACCCCAACGACUUCGCCUCCCGUGUCCGACGACCCCAAGGCAGUGCAGACCUCUGCAAAGCCGCCUGUAUCCAUGUCCUUUGGCAGCUCGUCAACCAAGCCGAAGAAUGUGUUCGCCGCAUCUUCCAAGAAGAACCCAUUGGGUGCUCCAAAAAAAUCAGUGGGCUCUGUCCAGCAAAGGCCGAUGAGCGAAGCGGAGCGGAUUAUGAAAGAAGAGAUCGAGCGGAAACGCCAACGGGAGGCUAAUGGUGUUCAUGGCGGGAAUGUGUUCAAAAGGCAGCGGGUUUGAUAGAGGGAGGGCUGGAGAUGGGUCUCGAGGCCCAGAUAUGGAUCAUUACGAUUUACGACCAAAAGAUGUAUGAGUAGCACACUGGAAGCCCAGGGCUUUGCCAGAUCCACGGAAAGGAGUUUGGUCAGACUAGGCCUGUGUGCUCAAGGAGGAAACCCUGUGAUAGGGAUCGAUAGCCUCUUAAUAUGACAGCCCACAGACUGCCAUGGUUUAAAGAAGUUAUUGAUGCCCGCACGUUCUAAGAACAUUGUCAGGGAGAGAUACUAUGGUUUCUGAUCUGUACCAAUAAUAAUAGAUUCAAG